CACAAGGUUCUGAGGCUGUGACUUCUUGUUUCCAGACGUCACCAUCGGAGCCUUCCUGUCCGACAGCGUGGUCCUCCUCAGGGCCAGACCGGUCAUCACUGUGGAUGUCUCCAUCUUCCUCCCAGUCUCCAUCAACAUCACAGCACCUCAGUGUCAUGACGGACAGCAGCCUGUGAACUGCCUGAACGUCACCGUGUGUUUUCGGUUCCAUGGCAAGCAUGUACCAGGAGAAAUCGAUCUGAGCUACAAUCUGACGGCUGACGUGGCCCAGAAGGAGAAGGGCCAGCUGCCCCGAGUCUAUUUUGUGUUGCUGGGAGAGACUGCCGGCCAGGUGUCAGAGAAGCUGCAGCUGACCCACAUGGAGGAGACAUGUCAUCACUACAUGGCCCACGUCAAGCGGAGGGUCCAGGAUGUCAUCAGCCCCAUCGUGUUUGAGGCCGCCUACAGCCUGGGUGUGCACGUGACUGGCGAUGAGGAGCGGGAGCUGCCACAUCUGACACCAGUGCUGCGCUGGAAGAAGGGACAAAAGAUCGCCCAGAAGAAUCAGACAGUUUUUGAGCGGAAUUGCCGAUCUGAGGACUGCGCUGCCGACCUGCAGCUUCGGGGGAAACUCCUGCUUUCCAGUGUUGAUGAGAAAACCCCAUACCUAGCUUUGGGGGCUGUGAAGAAUAUCUCUCUAAACAUCUCCAUCUCCAACCUUGGGGACGAUGCCUAUGAUGCCAACGUAUCCUUCAAUGUUUCUCGGGAACUCUUCUUCAUCAACAUGUGGCAGAAGGAGGAGAUGGGCAUUUCCUGUGAGCUGCUGGAAUCAGACUUCCUCAAGUGCAGUGUGGGAUUUCCUUUCAUGCGGUCAAAGUCAAAGUAUGAGUUCAGUGUCAUCUUUGACACAAGCCACCUGUCUGGGGAAGAGGCGAUUCUCAGCUUCAUCGUGACUGCUCAGAGUGGAAACAUGGAGCGCUCCGAGGCCCUGCAUGACAACAUGCUCACACUGGAGGUGCCGCUGGUGCACGAAGUGGACACGUCCAUCGCUGGAAUCGUGUCCCCAACCUCCUUUGUGUAUGGCGAGUCUGUGGAUGCAUCCAACUUCGUUCAGCUGGACGACCAGGCGUGCCAUUUCCAACCCCUCAACAUCACUCUCCAGGUCUACAACACGGGCCCGAGCACCCUCCCUGGGGCAUCUGUCAGCGUCUCCUUCCCUAGUCGGCUGUCACCUGGUGGCGCAGAGAUGUUUCAGGUCCAGGAGAUGGUGGUGAGCCAAGAAAAGGGCAACUGCUCUUUCCAAAGGAACCCAACCCCCUGCAUCAUCCCUCAAGAACAAGAAAAUAUCUUCCACACCAUCUUUGCCUUUUUCACCAAAUCUGGAAGGAAAGUGUUGGACUGUGAAAAGCUAGGGAGUUUCUGUCUAACAGUGCGCUGCAACCUUAGCGCCCUCCCUAAAGAAGAGAGCCGCACCAUAGACCUAUACAUGCUGCUGAACACAGAAAUACUGAAGAAGGACAGCUCCUCUGUCAUCCAGUUCAUGGCUCGGGCCAAGGUGAAGGUGGAUCCUGCCCUGAGAGUGGUGGAGAUAGCUAAUGGGAACGCAGAAGAGACUCUGGUGGUCUUUGAGGCCUUGCACAAUCUGGAGCCCCGAGGCUACGUUGUGGGAUGGAUCAUCGCCAUCAGUUUGCUGGUGGGAAUCCUCAUCUUCCUGCUGCUGGCUGUGCUGCUGUGGAAGAUGGGCUUCUUCCGCAGACGGUACAAAGAAAUCAUCGAAGCAGAGAAAAACCGGAAAGAGAAUGAAGAUGGUUGGGACUGGGUCCAGAAAAACCAGUGACCCGCCGUGCCAGUCAUGAUGCCCUCAUGUUCCCGUCACCAGCCUGUGGUCCCUGAUCUUUGUAUCUUCCAUAUUUGGAAGAAAGAAGUCUUCUCCAGAUUUUCCGGAGGCCUCACUGAUGCUGCCCUCUUCUCAUCCUGUCCAGCCCGGCGCCGACCUGAGAUGGCCACCUCCAGCCAGGUCACACGACUGGGGCCACCACCACUCCUCUUUACAAACAAACUCAGAACUUCGGAAAGAUGAGCUACAGAGCAAAGCAAUAUUUAUGGAUACAACAAUGCGUGGUCAACCCUCAGGGGAAAACUGUUACCUAAAAGUAUUUUUUAUAAAUGUAAGCCUUUUAUAUUGAUUGUGUCUUUAUAUUUGUAUCAAUGUUUUAUUAUUUCUAUUAAAUAGUUCUAUAAUUCACUCAAGCACUGAAAUCUUGGAAAUACAUGUACCUGCAUACAAAUUUUAAAGAAGAAAGAACUUAUUGUACUUUGGAACUUGCUGUUUAAAAAAAAUGCAGAUAAAAUAAACUAAAGAAACCUCAUGAAAUGAAUCCGCCAAGCUGGGAGUACUGCAAAAGCACUGUGGAUAUGGCAAGACCAUCUAAGACAUUUCCCAUUGUCAUCACCUGGAGUCGGGGCAGUGCGCUUGAAGAAGUAUCAGUGCUUUCUCUUAGGGACCUCUCAUUGGGAGAUUGCCAGCAGGAGCUGAGAUGAAAAGCCUGGUUUCCUCAUCCUCUGCACCACCCUGAUGCAUUCAGCAAGCACCUCACCCUCCUCCCUCUGGAGUCAGCAAGCGCUGGAUAGACAACUGGUCAACCUCAGAAUAGCAUCUCAUCCCAGACACCAUGCACCAGGGUUCAAAACCCAGGACUGAAGCUGUGCUCUCUCAGCAAAGAUGUGUCUGUGUGUAUAAGGUGUUACCUUGUGAUGUAACUUCAGUUCAAGGGUCUCCAUUUCCUCUGUCACUCUUGCUGUCCCCAAAUGGUAAUGUUGCAGGUUCCUUCCCAGAGAGGAUAGCCCCACUUGAUUUAUGUUUAGGUCUUAGGUGGGAUUCUUAAGAGUCAAAGCCUGGAAUAAGGACUUGGGUGCAAGUAAGUUAUUGAGGAAGUCUUCUCAGAAGCUAGCAGUGAGGAAGUGGAGAAUACAAUACAGGAAAGUAGGGGAAGCCAAGCAACAAUGUCACUUUAGGGGAUAAUCCAAAAAGUGACUUCAGCCCAAUUGGAUCUGGUCACCAAGUCGGGCUCAGAGUGCCCUGACCAGAUGUCAGGAAGCUGGGCUUUUGUGGUUCCACACCUGCAGGGGAUGUAAACUUUCUGCCCUUGGUUCUUGCAGACAAGAUGACUCUGUCUCCUAGAGGGCAGCUUCAGAGGCAACUGGGGAGACCCAGAAAUCAUGCAAAGAACUCUGAGCCAAGUGCUUUGGUGUUGCCCUGCCCCAAACAAGUGAAUGCUAUCUUCAGCUUUGGGAAACCCAAAAAGCCAUAAGUCAAAGCUGGUCCUAGAAGUCAAGGGAUGGAAACAGGGGUCACUGCAAGGCUGGGGCAGCCCAGGAAACCAGUGCACACCAGUUCAUAAGUUUUAUCAAAAGAAAUAAGAAAAGGAGUCUUGGCUUUACCAGCCUUGUACAGCCUGAACUGUGGGCCAUGCAGGAUGCUGGUGAUCCCCAGAGAACACAGCCUCGGUAGUAAGCCACCUCACAGUAGGUGUGGAGUGUGGACUCUCCGUGAACCUCACGUGCAGCUGUGCCGUGAUGAUGACGUGUGGAUCGGAUCAUGGUUUCCUUUAAUAAAUCAUUUGAGAUUCUUAGGUGGUGAGACCAUAACAGCACCACUGCAAUUUUAGCCAAAUGCAUCUGUCCCCAAUGGCCUGCUUCCUGCAAAGGGUGUGGCUUCAUCGGGGUCAGUGGAGAAUGGUGACUCGUAUCCACAGUUCAGUUAGCCAGCAGAGCCACACCUGAGGAAGUGUGGACAGGAAGGAAGGGCAGACUCAGCUGGCGUCCGGCCGCUUGUGCCCUGCCAUGAAUGGUACCCCCUCAUGAGUAGUCACGUGUUAAUAAGGCACUGCAAUUCCAUAAAGCAGAUUUUAAGAAAACUGCAUGGUAGGUAGCCCCAGAAGCAAAUCCUAACAGCCACCGUAGGAAGCGUCUUUGCCUGUCUGCUAAUGCUGAGUGCCAGGUGCAUGAGAGGCAGGGUGUGGCUGCUCGGCAGAGGAGUGGAGCACUGUCUGGAAUUCUCUCGCCUGAGUAGUUCAGCGUCUUCACUGCAGCCUUCUUCGGGUGAUCAGGGCAAGUGGGCAGGCGUGUAGAUAUGUCUGUGUUCUCUCUCUAGAACAGUCUUUUAAAAACCCAGUGCGUGGCCCAUUGUACCCCUUUGCCUCUGAACUCUGUGGAAGCCAGGCAGACAUUCUCAUGGGCACUAUCAUUUGUCUGCUUCCGUUUUUUAGCUGUGUCUUCCAUGGUUUUAACCAGCUCUCUGGACUGGACUGAAAUGUUCUGUUUUGUUUGUUGUUUUUAAUAUGAAAAAGGACUCUUGCAAAAAAAAAAUUGACUAAUGCAAUGCCCCUUAAAAAUUGACCCCAUUCUUCUCAGUUUACGUAGGACUCAAGAAAAGUAUGGAGCAUCCCUGAGGUGAGUCCCUGCCACAAAGAGGCUGCAAAAUUUAGAAGCAGGAGAACACCAGUGAGGGGACCUGAGUAGCUGGCUUUGUGCCAGCUGACCAACACACCCUGUGCCCCCCAUCACCAUGGUCUCAGGCAGUGCCCAGAGGUUUGGCAGGCUGGGUGAAGUCCCCCACACCAAAUACUGUGUAACCUACCUUGUUAAAGGCAAGAUAUUCUCAACAAACAGCAGCCACGCUCCUGGGACACCCCAGUGACCAGUGGUGCUGUGUGGUGUGCUGUCUGUUAAGCCCCAGUGUGGAAGGUGUGGACAUGUUAUUCACAUUUAUUUAAGGUUAGGAUAGCUUUAUACCUGAUAUACCUAGGAAAGGAGUGCCCAGUUUCCACUCCCUGAGAUUUAGAGGUGCUACCAAACAUUGUCAUUGGAGGGAUGGACAGCUCAGUAACAGAAUGUUUGCCUGACACACACGAAGCUCUGGGAGAACCAUCCCUCUAGUGAACAAAAGGCAGAAACUGAGUAUCAUUUCACAGCUCCUCGGGAACACAGAAUUUUCAUAGAUGUGGGUUUUUAAUACAUGGAGUAGUAAGAUGCAUGACAGGGAGUAUUUUCUAAGAUAAUGGCUGAAGGGAGGGCUGCAGAGCCGACUGGGGCCUAGUGAGCCUUCUGGAAUGUCUUCUGAGUCUUCAGCACACGAAGGGAAUGCUGAGUGCCUCUCCCGAUGUGGUGCGAUGCUCUCCACAGCACACUGACCUGGAUUUGGCUGCCGUUCAGUUUGCUUUGUUUGGUGCUGAUGUUGUGCACAGUGUGGCUGGCAGUGUGAGUUUAAGCUUUCUGAGUGGUUUGUUGCAUGGCAGGCGCCUCCCUCCCCCGCUCUCUGCACGUCUGCAGCUUUACUGAGGUAUCCACACGGCGCACACUGCCCGAGAGGAUUUGGGGUGGGAGGGCGGUCCCUCCUCACUGUGCCGUGUGUCUGCAGUCACUUCUGAUUCACUUGCACUGUUUGGAAAAUGCCAGGUUUACAAAAAUAUGUUUGGAAUAAAAAAAAAUGGCUUCAAAUGA